UUCACCAUCUGCGCGUGCCCGGCGACGAGCAGGCGCGCGCAGGACUGAAACAGGAAGUCAUCAACACGGAAGUCACUUUGGGUUACUAGCAAGCGAACAAACAGAAAAGUUAGUGGCGACUUCUUCACUACACAAAUCAAGUAUUCAGGCUGGUUUUCAAAGAGAUCUAAAGAUGUCGUCAGGCGCUCUCUUUCCAAGCCUUGUGAGUGGCUCCAGGGGAAGCUCCAGCAAGUACCUGGUGGAGUUUCGAGCUGGUAAAAUGACCUUGAAGGGCAACGUAGUGACACCUGACAAACGCAAGGGUACAGUGUACAUCCAGCAGUCUGACGACUCCCUGAUUCACUUCUGCUGGAAGGACAGGACCACUGGGAAUGUUGAUGAUGACCUGAUCAUCUUCCCUGAUGACUGUGAAUUCAAGAGGGUGAGCCAAUGCACCACAGGACGUGUCUAUGUGCUGAAGUUCAAGGCUGGAUCCAAGAGACUGUUCUUCUGGAUGCAGGAGCCAAAGACUGACAAAGAUGAGGAGUACUGUCGUAAGGUGAACGAGUACUUGAACAACCCUCCCAUUCCCGGAGCGGCAGGCAGCGGAGGCGGCAGUGGCCACGAACUCUCUGCACUUGGAGGAGAGGGAGGCCUGCAAAACCUGCUGGGAAACAUGAGCCACAACCAGCUGAUGCAGCUGAUUGGACCAACAGGACUCGGAGGACUGGGAGGUCUGGGAGCUCUAGCAGGACCAGGACUUGCCAACUUGCUGGGCAGCGGCGGACCCGCCACCAGCAGCUCCUCAUCCAGCUCUCGGAGCCAGUCGGCAGCAGCCACUCCAUCAGGAGGAGCCCCCAGAUCCAGCUCCUCCUCCUCUCAGGCCCCCACCACCCCUGUGACUCCUGCUGCCUCAGCUGUCUCCCCCACUACUGUUGCUCCCUCCACACCAGCCGCAGCUCAGACCCCAGUGGUCCCAGCCUCUGUUGGAAGCCCUUCCUCCCAUCAGCCCAUCCAGCUCAGUGACCUCCAGAGCAUCCUGGCAACUAUGAACGUCCCAGCGGCUGCACAGGGAUCAGCAGUCGACCUGGCCAGUGUUUGCACCCCAGAGAUGAUGGCUCCCAUCCUGACUAACGCUGAGGUCCAGCAGAGGCUCCUGCCCUUCCUCCCCAGUGGAGAAAGUUUACUGCAGAGUGCUGAUGAGAUCCAGAACACACUCAACUCACCUCAGUUCCAGCAGGCGAUGGGUAUGUUCAGCAGUGCCUUGGCCUCCGGGCAGCUCGGACCUCUCUUGAGUCAGUUUGGUCUGCCGGCAGAAGCCGUGGAUGCCGCCAACAAAGGAGAUGUGGAGGCGUUUGCCAGAGCCAUGCAGGGGACCAAAGGAGACUCCAAAGAGAAGAAAGAGGACGAUGAGGACAUGAGUCUGGAUUAGAGCUCACACCACCACCACCAACUAGCCUCAACUCAGUCCCAGUAAAAAUCUGUGAUUCCUUUCAUUUCAGUAUUUUUCUUGACCUCCUCUUCUCUGUAAAGUUGUCUUAACAUGUUUCUAUACCAAAGGCAACCGUCUGCUCCUACUCAGGUUAGCAGAGCUGUUUCCACUGCGACCACCUUGUUAACUGUGUGACCUGCUUAUCAACGGCUCUGUUCUGUUCGUUUUUACUCUGAAAGGUCGGCGGCAGUUUCUUAAAACAGACUGUUGUGGGAUUAAGCCUUUAAGUUUGAUAUUUUCUUCCUGUUGUUACACUACAGAACAGACUGUUCUCAGAAUGUUUUGUGAUUUUCUCUUGAUAAUAAAAAAAUCAUAUUAGCAAACAA